AUGAGCCAGCUCAACAAAACCAUCUCAAUAACAGUAGAUAAGGAACAUCUGGAGGAGGUUAGCGGGGCACUACUCCACGCUGUUUUAUUCCAGCGGACACUUGGAAAUUUACAGCCGAAAGAGAUAACAGUGUUGGAUGUCGUUGUAGCUGGAAUAGAUAGUGGGAUGAUAGAGGAGAUGGUUGUGAAAAAGGUGAGGGAGCUGUCAGCUACUAGUGGAGAUCGCGGAGUACUGGCGUUGGUGCUGAGUGAAAAUCAAAGUAGAAAGGUUAACCAUUGGUUUGGAUUUGGGGAGCAACACCACACGCAGCAGAUACCUUGGGAGUGUUGGAUACUCCAGUUCAAUAUACUCACAAGCAAAACGGAGAACCACAGACAGAUAAUAUAUCACAACACGCAGAAUGAUUUGAAUAAGGCACUUAACCAGAUAAUUCAAUUCACAGACACCAACAAAGAUCAUAUACCACCUAUUACCACUGCCGAUUUAGCCCCAUUCCCAUUCCAUGUCCUAGUCAAUCCUAUGACGUCAUCUUACAAUAGAAGCACAAGUCCACACUCACUGGCAGUAGCAGCUGCUGGGAAUGCCAUGACGAAUACGAUACAGGGCAAUCCAAGCAAUUCAAAUGGCUCAUCGCAGAACUCGUAUUUCACAGCUAUAGCUAGGAGAAUGACGUAG